UGUGCUGCCUCCUCCCACGGCUACCCGACAUUCGGUGGCAAGAAUGAUCAUGAGAACCAGUCCUCUGUAAACAAGUGUAUUGAAUUUCAGAGAAAACACUUUCUUCAGGGCUUUCUAAAAGGAAAAUUCGGAACUGCACAAUGAAAUGUAGCCAUGGAUGGCGUGGGCCUCACUCUGAAGCCAGCACUGCAAGUAUUGGCUCUGCUGCUGCUAAUGGGAGGAUUCUACGUUAGCUGUGAAGAAUCCUGGUGCUAUGACCUACCAAGCUGCGGGCCCAGGACAUGGAGGAGCCGCUUCCCUACCUGCAAUGGUGACAGGCAGUCUCCUAUCAACAUUGACACCAGGAGAACAGUGAAUGAUGCAUGUCUGGGUCCGAUUAAGUUUGUUGGCUACGGAGACCGUUUGAGGCCAACAGAAAUUAAAAACACAGGACAUUAUGCGGAGGUUGAAAUGAAGAGCGGAGCCACCAUCUCAGGGGGUGGACUUCCAGGAACCUACCAACUGAGGUCCUUCCACUUCCACAUGGGCACGUACAACCGCCGAGGUUCCGAGCAUGCAAUCAAUGGCAGGCGCCACUCCAUGGAGCUCCACAUAGUUCACACCAAAGAAAACUUGAGUCCUGAAGAAGCAAAAAAGGACCCUGAAGGAUAUGCUGUCCUUGCAUUCUUCAUACAGAAAUCCAGAAGCGCUCCGGUUUCUGCUGCAUGGAAGACUCUGGCCGACCUCAUGGAAACCAUCCCGGAAAAAAAUGACUCGACACAUCUGAAUGGGGAAUUUUCCCUGGGGGCCUUAUUGAGCAGGGCGGACCUGAGCAAGUAUGCCCGUUACAAGGGCUCCCUCACCACACCCAUAUGCAAUCAGGCCGUGAUCUGGACAGUCUACGAAGAGCCAAUCUUGGUUCCUCACUAUGUGGCAAAGAAAUUCACCGAAAGCCUCUAUUUUACCACAAAAGAAGAAGGCAGGAAGAUGCAAAAUAAUUACCGUCCACUCCAGCCAGUAAACCAACGAAAAAUUCUUUGCUUCAGCGAAAAUGAAUCCCCUUAUUAUCAGGACUGUUAUGGCCACAGGGAAAUCUGAGCUAACAGGAGUGUGGUGUGGAUGCUCCAGCCAUAAGCCCAGGACAAUCCCCUCCUUUCCUCCCUCCCUUCAGGACCAAGGAUCAAUAAUUUCUGCCUGCAUUGUGGUGGUGGUGGUGGGGGGGCUACCUCCACAGGCUUACAGGAGGAGUUUUGCUCCCGCAGGGAACGUGUCGUCUUCUUUUUUGGUGCUA